AUGGUAGUCAAGGAUAAGAUAGUGCUCGAGAGUGGGCUCUUCUGGAAAUUGGCGAUCAAGCCCACACAAUUCAAAGGAUACUUCUGUGAGCCAGUAACUCGCCAAUUUGAGUCAGAGUUGGAGCCAUGUAACCGCCAUGAUUACCGUUGGAGAUGCAUUUUUACCGAGAACAUGAUUAACGGCAAGACCACCAUUGAUAUUGUAAUCCAGCCUGCCCAGGUCUCUUCGGCACAGUCGCAGAGAAGCCAGCAGCAGAGAUCUGUCAACCAUGAGUCUGACUCAAAUGCAGUAAUGAGUCAAUCUGAAGGCGGUUGUUUGGGACAGGGAAGGGAGUCGCGUCAAGAAGCACAGUCGCAGCUGCGAUUGCGAGAACAUUUUGUUGCCAGAGGAACCGAAUCGCUAGAGGCUAAUGUUGGCCUUGAUGCCGAUGUAAUUCUACACCGUGGUAUGUAUCAUUUUGAAAUCGUUUUUCUCGAAGACAUUUCAUCUUAUCAAGUUCCAAGCCUUUGUUCAUGCCAUCGAAUCCUGGACUCAAUGUUCCAUGAGGUCAUCGCGGAGCCAAUACCCGAUACUACCGGCGCCGAUAUUUGGUUUGAAUUUACUUCAGAGGAUUUGGCUCGGAGCGGUCAUGGUAAUGAUGAUGAUCGAGGCAGGAAGGCCACGACAGUUGUGGGUGCUCACAUUAGCGUUCUCUCGCGGCACAAAUAUUUCGCUAUGUGGAUUGAGCGAGAAAGGGAGAUGCAGAAACAGCGCCGACGCCAGGAACUGGAUGAAGAGUGGCGCAUACAUCGAGAGAGUCAAUGGCUCCUUGGACAGCAUCGGCAGCAUCGGCAUCAGCAACAAUCACCAAGAUAUGGCAUAGAUGAUGAAGAUGAAUUAAUACAACAUGGAUAUUCUCUGCCGUAUGGGGAUCUAAAAUAUCAACAAACAUUUCCAGCGCUCGAACAGACAACCCAUAUAUCUUCAUCUUUUCUCCCACAUCCACAGUCGCGCUCAUACAUUAAGGAAUCAAAUGAGACUGAGGGUAUAGACCGUAGGAUUACGUAUCCAAGUUUUACUCCGACAACCUUAUCGCACAUUCACACACAGCUGCUUCCAGCAUUAAGGAUUCCAGUCAAAGAUAUAUCCUUGGGCACGUUUCAAGUCAUUCUAUAUUUUAUAUAUAUGGGACGUAUUGGCAUUUCAAAACAACAGAUAGCUGACAUUGACUCUUACUGGAAUGAAAACGCCGAGGAAUAUCGGCUUCCAGAAGAGGACAGUGACAAUCUACAGAGUCUUUUGGAGAAGGGUUGGUCCGCAUAUCGCCAGUAUGAUGGAUCCAAGGUUGAAGACCCUAGAGGCUAUCCAUGCUGGACCCCAAUCAAUCUGCCCCCACUUAAACCUUCGACAAUAGCUGUAGAAGACUAUUCCGACGGCGAUGAAGUAUUUGGUAAAGUUGCUGGUACUACUGAUGACGAUAACCGUUCAGGGGGGCGGACAUUUACAGCGCCACUCUUUGCUGCGUCUGAUGGGCCUGACUGUAGUACUAAUAGGCAAGGCAAUACUCCAUGUGUCUAUACCUUCCCAUCCGCGUGGAUGUUUUUGCCUUGGAUCUCUUGUACUCGUGGAAAGCAGGUUUUUCUAGAAAAUUUAGUUGAUGAGCAAUCAAGAUCGCCCCAAGAGGGAAAUCACCACUUUAAUUUGCCUUCUACAACUUCACAAUUGCUCCCUCAGCCUCUUCUUGCAUCUCGUUCUGCGAGUUGUUCCUGGGAAGACCUUUUAAUGGCCUCAACUCUUUAUGAAAUACAGGACCUUCGUGCGCUGGCCAUUAAAGCGGUGGAAUGUCAUAGUCAGAUGACACUAAUUCAGGCAUCGAUCAGUAGCCAUAUGGCUGCAAAAGUAGCCCAUAAUGGCUUUGAUGAGAGCACUUUGGAUCUUCAGCUGGCUAUAUGCGAACAGAACUUACGUGCCUUCCUAAAACUCUAUCGGUGUCCAUUACUAAAGGCCAGUGGCGAGGGUCUAGCUUCCAGAACAGGGGAACCCCGUCAUGCCAUGUAUCAGCGUGAGCAAGAUUUAGAUGGAGUCCAAGGGGAGAUCCGCACAAGGCCAUGGUGGGGAACACGAAAGGAUCAGCAGCAAAGAAAAGAUAUGGAAAAAGGAUCGGAGCAGGAGCAGCAGCAGCAGCAAGAACAGGUGAAAGAAAAAGGCCAAGAGUCAGAGUCAGAGUCAGAGUCAGAGUUAGGGACAGGAGAGCCAAAAGUCCGGGGUUUUAAAAAUGAAAAAAGUGACCAAGUCGGACAAGAUGAGCAUCAACAACAACUGAGAUCAGCACCUACGUUAGAGGCCAUUGAAAAGGCGUUUGCGGCGCCGGAAUGUGAUGCAGCCAUUGACGAGCUCUGUGAAGAUAUUCAAAGCCACUAUCAGCCCUUGUAUGAUAUUAUGCAAAUGCGAUAUUGCACUGGAACUGAGUAA